GAGAACGCUCUAAACCGGGUCUGAGAGUGAAUUGACAUCUUCCAAGUGCAGAUUAACCAAACAAGUAAUUCAGUACAGUAUCAGCUGGACGCAAACUCCUAAAAAUGACAAUAUCGAAGCCAGCGGAGGCGAUGGAAGUGGAGGCAUCGACAUCAGAUCCUGCCCCAGCAGAGGAGCCAGUGGAGAAAAAGGACACAGACCUCCAAACAAUCCACGACCUCCGAGAACACACUCGUCAAAUCGAGAAGGCAGUCCUGAACAAGGAGCCCCGAUUCAUCCUACGAGCCCUGCGAGCUCUUCCCAACACCCGUCGCAAAUUAAAUCCAAUAGUCCUCCGAGGAGUGAUCGGUGGUUUUUACACCAAGUCCUCAUCAGACCGAGAGGCCCUGCUGUCGUGGGUUGAAGAACCCAUGGACACAGAGGGAACCCAAGCAGCAAUUCAACGUUUCAAGAGUUCAGCAUCACCUCUCCUCCCCGAAAUAGACGCCUACAUCCACCUCCUGGUGCUGGUGCGCCUCAUCGACACGAAAAAACACGAUGAGGCAGUUCAAUGUUCAGAGGCACUCGUCCAGAAAAUAACAGCCACUAAUCGCCGUACAAUCGACCUGAUAGCAGCAAAAUGUUAUUUCUAUCACUCGAGGGCUUACGAACUCGUCGAUCAGUUGAAUAAAAUUCGGGGUUUUCUCCAUCUUCGAUUGAGAACUGCAACACUGAGGAAUGAUUUUGAAGGCCAAGCUGUUCUCAUCAAUUGCCUCUUGAGGAAUUAUCUUCAUUACAAUCUCUACGAUCAGGCCGACAAACUCGUUCUUAAGUCGACGUUUCCAGAGUCAGCGAGCAACAACGAGUGGGCGAGAUUUCUCUAUUAUCUGGGGAGAAUCAAGGCAGCCAGGCUGGAGUAUUCAGCAGCCCACAAGCACCUUGUGCAGGCAAUGAGAAAAGCACCGCAGACAACAGCUGUGGGAUUUAGGCAGACUGUUCAAAAAUUAGCUGUCACUGUUGAACUUCUUCUUGGAGAUAUUCCUGAGAGGCAGAUAUUCAGGCAGGCAGCUGUCAGGAGGGCCCUGGCCCCUUAUUUCCAGCUCACUCAGGCUGUUAGACUGGGAAAUCUUCACAGGUUUGGGGAAGUCCUGGAAAACUUUGGGCCUCAAUUCAGGGCUGAUCACACGUUUACUCUGAUUCUCAGGCUCAGGCAUAAUGUCAUUAAAACUGCCAUUCGAUCCAUUGGCCUCUCCUACUCAAGGAUAUCACCUGGGGAUAUUGCCAGGAAGCUGGGGCUUGAUUCUGGUGUUGAUGCUGAAUUUAUCGUGGCUAAGGCCAUCAGGGAUGGCGUCAUCGAAGCGACUCUUGAUCCUGAGAAUGGAUACAUGAGGAGCAAGGAGACAACUGAUAUUUACUGCACUAGGGAACCUCUUCUUGCUUUUCACCAGAGGAUCACUUUUUGCUUGGAUCUUCAUAAUCAGAGUGUCAAGGCUAUGCGGUAUCCUCCCAAAUCUUAUGGCAAGGAUUUAGAAUCAGCUGAGGAGCGCAGGGAGAGGGAACAGCAGGACCUGGAGCUCGCUAAGGAGAUGGCUGAGGAGGAUGAUGAUGGAUUCCCUUGAAUUAUCUUUGAUUUGUGUCCUUUUUAUUGAUUUAUUUUGGUUUUCUUCAUUGAUAUUUGAUAUCUUCAUUAUCUUGUAUCUCAUUUCGUAGAUUGCAAUAAAGAUAAAAUUAAUUCAAUCUA